CCGGCUUUGUUUCUUUAUUGGGACUUUUUAGUAAAUGCAAAUGGAUCCGCCGGCCGGCCGGCAGCUUUGACUUAUAAUUUUUCAAGAAUCGAGUGAUUAAAAAAAAAACACAAAGGUUGAGGAGUGAGGACGAAUUAGUUGCAGAUCGAGGUUAAUUGAAUUCUUAAUGGAGUUUUCCGGCCACAUACUCAUCGUCCCUUUCCCAUUACAGGGCCAUAUCAACUCAAUGCUCAACCUCGCACACCUCUUAGAUCUUUCCAACUUCCAUGUCACUUUCCUUCUCACCGCCGACACUCACGCUCGCCUGCUAGCUCACUCCGACGUCGAUUCCGGCCGGUUCAGCCCUCGUUUCCGCCUCCAUACCUUCCCCGCCGGCAUCCAUGGGGACCGCACGGGUUCCCAGGAAGAGCUCGCAGAGAUGUUUUAUUCCCUGGUUAAAAUCGGCGAGCCGUUCUUGAGGGAACUCAUUGCCCGGACUGGAGAUUCCGGGCCGCCGUUCACUUGUUUGAUCUCCGAUUUGCUUGAAAUCUCUCUGAAUAUCAGUCGAGAUUUGGGUUUGCCGGUUUACUAUUUCCGUACAAUCGGCGCUUCCGCCUUGUGGGCUUACUUCUCCGUCCCCGAUCUCAUCCAAGCCAACGAGCUGCCAAUCAAAGAGAAUGGGAUGGACUCGCUGGUGACAAAGGUGAAGGGCAUGGAGGGGUUCCUGAGGGCAAGAGACCUUCCAAGUUUGUGUAGGGCAGAUGAGAUGACAGGGCCAGUGUUCAAGCUUGUCUGCACUCAACCCCAACUUGUCCAUCAACUUCAUGCCAUCAUUCUCAACACCUUUGAAGGCCUCGAAGGUCCAAUCCUAUCCCAUAUUAGAGCCAAAUAUCCAAAGGUUUACACAAUCGGACCACUCCAUGCCAGUCUCAAGGCCAGACUGCAACUCAAACAAGCCUCCUCCAAUAGCCUUUUGCAAGAAGACAGAUCUUGCAUCGCAUGGCUGGAUUCUCAAGAACCAAAAUCAGUGAUCUACGUGAGCUUUGGAAGCAUUUCUGUGAUUACCAGACAACAAUUGAUGGAAUUUUGGUAUGGUCUAGUUAAUAGUGGGAAGAAAUUCUUAUGGGUUAUGAGGCCUGAUUUGGUUGUAGCAAAAGAUGGGGAAACCCCAAUUCCUUUGGAGCUUGAAGAGGGCACAAAAGCAAAUGGGUACAUGGUAGGUUGGGCCCCACAAGAAGAGGUGCUGGAACACCCUGCAGUUGGGGGAUUCUUAACGCACUGUGGAUGGAACUCGACGCUGGAGAGUAUAGUAGCCGGUGUGCCUAUGAUUUGCUGGCCGUUCUUCGCGGAUCAGCAGACGAAUAGUCGGUUUGUGGGAGAGGUGUGGAAGGUUGGGUUGGACAUGAAAGAUGUGUGUGACAGAAGUAGUGUGGAGAAUAUGAUCAGAGAGUUGAUGGAUAAGAGAAAAGGAGAGUUGUUGAAGAGGGUUGAAGAUAUGGGUAAGUUGGCAAAAGAAGCCAUCACUGAAGGAGGAUCAUCUUACUGUAAUUUGGAUUGUUUGAUUCAAGAUAUCAUUAAGCUUAAUGUGUCAGUGAGGAAGACAAUUUAAAGCAAAUAAAUGCACUUCAUUUCAUGA